AGCUACCGGCCGCCGGCGCCAUGGCGGAGACCGCGGUGCGCCUCGCCGCUCGCUGAGGCAAAGCCGCCACCGGGCGCUCCCGGCAGACAGAGCGCGGGACCGCAGCACACGCCGGGGACUGAGGAACGGCCCUGGCGAGGGAGGGCACCGCGCUUCCCCUCAGCCUCCCCCGCCGCCGCGCUGCAGGGGAGGAGCCGCGCGCGGGCGCGGAGCCGCCACCGCAUCUUUUCGGCCCGUGCGGCGCCCCGUAGAGGGCGGCUGCGCGCGUGGGCGGGCGGUGGGAGCGCAGCGGCUGUUGCCGGGGGAGCGCUGACGGGCGGCCCCGAGCAUGGCGCUGAGCGAGGUGGAUGACGACGGCUGCGAGCAGGAGGGGAGCAAGAACGCGGAGCCGGAUGUCAUCGCCCGGGGAAACAUUCUGGAGAGCUUCACGGAGAGCCAGGAGGUCCGGGCGCUCAUCGGGCACCUCGGGGCCGUGUGCGGCGACCUGGCGGCCCGCGAAAUGACCAUCGAGAAAUUCAUAGUUAUAAUGGACAAGUACCAGGAGCAACCUCACUUGCUGGAUCGACACUUAGAGUGGAUGAUGAAUUCAUUGUUGGAUAUAGUACGAGACAGUGGAUCUCCUCCCCUGCUAGUUCACUUGGCUUUUAAAUUCCUUUACAUCAUUACAAAGGUGAGAGGGUACAAACUUUUCCUCCCGCUAUUUCCUCAUGAAGUAGGUGAUCUACAGCCUGUUUUGGAUAUGCUUGUGGACCAGAAUCCAAAAGACUGCGAGACUUGGGAGACUCGUUAUAUGCUUUUAUUAUGGCUCUCCAUGAUAUGCUUGAUUCCUUUUGAUCUGGCCCGUUUUGAUGGAAAUAUUCUUUCUGAAGAAGGGCAUGCUCGAAUACCAACAAUGGAUCGCAUACUUAAAAUAGCAAAAUGUUACUUGGUUGUCAGUGAUAAGGCUCGAGAUGCAGCUGCUGUACUGGUUUCAAAAUUUAUUGCCCGCCCUGAUGUCAGGCAAAAAAGAAUGGCAGAUUUCCUUGACUGGACACUUUCAAUGUUAUCUAAAUCCUCCUUUCAGACCAUGGAGGGGACUGUUGUUGUGAAUGGCAUGCUCCAGGCCCUGGCACAGUUAUUUAAACAUGGCAAAAGAGAAGAUUGUUUACCAUAUGCUGCUACUGUACUUGAGUGUCUCGAUAACUGCAAGCUGUCAGGAAGUAAUCAGAUGGUUCUUCGCAAGCUGGGGAUGAAACUUGUUCAACGACUCGGACUGACGUUUGUGAAACCGAAGGUAGCAAAAUGGAGGUACCAGCGUGGCUGUCGAUCUCUGGCUGCCAAUCUGCAAGCUCAGGGUUCAGCUGUGCAGAAUCAAAAGAUAACUGUUGCUGCUGUUGAAGCUGAUGAUGAAGAGGAAUAUGAUAUUCCAGGAGAGAUUGAAAAUGUUGUAGAGCAAUUGUUGGUGGGACUGAAAGACAAAGACACUAUUGUCAGGUGGUCUGCAGCAAAAGGAAUUGGUAGAAUAACUGGAAGACUUCCAAAAGAAUUAGCAGAUGAUGUGGUCGGGUCUCUGUUGGACUGUUUUAGUUUCCAGGAAACAGACAACGCAUGGCAUGGCGGGUGCCUGGCUCUGGCUGAAUUAGGCAGGAGAGGAUUGUUACUCCCUUCCCGAAUUUCAGAUGUUGUUCCUGUCAUUUUGAAAGCGUUAACAUACGAUGAAAAAAGAGGGGCGUGCAGCGUGGGUUCCAACGUGAGAGAUGCAGCAUGCUACGUGUGCUGGGCCUUCGCUCGUGCUUAUGAUCCCUCAGAGCUGAUACCAUUUAUUAAUCAGAUUUCAAGUGCAUUGGUUAUUGCUGCAAUAUUUGAUCGUGAUGUGAACUGCAGAAGAGCUGCUUCUGCUGCCUUCCAGGAGAAUGUUGGGAGACAGGGCACUUUUCCCCAUGGCAUAGACAUUCUCACUGCAGCGGAUUAUUUUGCUGUGGGUAACAGAGUUAACUGUUACCUUACCACAAGUGUGUAUAUUGCUGGUUUUCCUGAGUAUACGCAACCAAUGAUUGACCAUUUAGUCAACAUGAAGAUUAACCACUGGGAUAGUGUUAUUCGAGAACUUUCAACCAAGGCUCUACAUAACCUGACUCCGCGGGCUCCUGAAUACAUGGCAAAUGUGGUUUUGCCGAGACUGCUACCUUUAUCAGUGGGCACAGAUCUGCACACACGCCAUGGGGCAAUUCUUGCCUGUGCUGAGAUCACCCAUGCGUUGUGUAAACUAGCAGAAGAGAAUAACAGAUCUAUUACACACUAUUUCAGUGACAAAUCACUGGAGGGACUUAAGCAAAUCCAUCAAGAGCUUUGCAGUCGUCAGUUGUACAGGGGUUUAGGUGGAGAACUGAUGAGACCAGCGGUCUGCACUUUAAUUGAAAAGUUGUCACUGUCAAAAAUGCCAUUUAGAGGGGAUCCAAUAAUCGGUGGCUGGCAGUGGUUAAUAAAUGACAGUCUGAGAAGUCUCUCUCUCAUUUCAAGCACUGUGCGACAGCAUAUAAAGGAUUCUGCAGUCUCCGCACUGGCUGCGCUGUGCAAUGAAUAUUACAUCAAUGAACAGGGAGAAGCUGAUCCAGCUCUGCAAGAUGAGCUGGUGACACAGUACAUUUCAGAACUUCAAAACACAGAGGAAAUGAUCCGUUGUGGCUUUUCGCUAGCUCUUGGGUCCCUUCCAAGAUUUCUGCUAAAGGGCAGGCUCCAACAGGUUUUGGAAGGUUUGAAAAAGGUUACUGUAGUUUCCCACGCUGACGUGAGCUUUGCAGAAGCCAGAAGAGAUGCCUUGAUAGCAAUUGCAAAGGUUUGCCAGACAGUAGGUGUGAAGGGAGAUGGAUCCCAGGAAGAAUAUGUCUGCAAAGAUAAUGUUACUCAGAUUUACACUACGCUGCUUAGUGGUGUGACUGACUAUACCACAGACAGCCGAGGAGAUGUUGGAGGAUGGGUACGUGAAGCUGCUUGGACAAGUUUAAUGGAGGUGACACUUUUGCUGGUUCAGAAAGAAGCCGAGUUAAUUAAUGCCAACAUCUGCAGGCAGAUUAUGUGCUGGCUGGCCCAACAAGCAGCUGAAAAAAUUGAUAAAUUUCGAGCUCAUGCAGGAUCUGUGUUCCUCACGCUUUUACAUUUUGACCGUCCUCCAGUUCCACACAUACCUCAUCGAGAAGAACUAGAGCAGAUAUUUCCAAGGUCAGAGUCAGAGACUCUAAACUGGAAUGCCUCCUCAGAAGCUUUUCCUCGAAUCACCCAGCUUUUGGGGUUGCCAGCAUACCAGUACCAUGUGCUUUUGGGUCUCACAGUGUCUGUUGGUGGAUUAACAGAGACAACGCUCAGAUACUCUGCCCAGAGCCUUUUUGACUAUAUGAAGAAAAUCCAGAAUGAUUCCAGUGCCAUGGAGAGUUUUUGUGAGACGUUACUAAAGGUCUUCGAGGACAACUUGCGGAAUGACCGGGUGUCUGUACCACUCCUGACGAUGCUGGACCAAAUGCUGGCCAACGGCUGCUUUGAUAUCUUCACCACGCAGGGGAACCAUCCGUUUGCAAUGAAGUUAUUUGCGCUUUGUAAAGAAGAGAUCAAGAAAUCCAAAGACAUACGGAAACUUCGCUCCAGCAUUGGAGUGUUUUGUGGCCUGAUUCAGUUUCAAGGAGACAUGAGAGAGAAAGUUUUAUUUCAAUUGCUUCUCCUCCUUUGCCAUCCCUUUCCUUUAAUAAGGAAAACAACUGCCAGUCAAGUUUAUGAAAUGUUGAUAACCUACAGUGACGUAGUUGAUCCUGCCAUUGUGGAUGAGGUUAUGACCAUACUCAGCGAUACCAACUGGGAAGCUGAAUUAAUGCUAGUAAGAGAGAAACGCAACUAUCUCUGUGAUCUCCUGAAAGUGCCCAGACCACAGCUGGUAUCCAAGAGUUCAGCGUAAUGAAGUUGCUGGCACUGGCCGUCGCUUUGUAAACUGAAGCUCUUGGUUCAGGUGCCCUGAAGAACUGAACGAGUUUGUGCUGCGGCAUCUUGACAAACUGGAUUGUCAGCGCGAGCUGCAAAGUGCACUGUUUAACAAAAUAAGAGGCAGAGAUAUGUUUUAAAGCGUUGUGCAGAUGCGCCAUAGGAAGGCAACAAAGAUUCAUUACGUUUCUGUUUCUAAAUUCAUUGUCUGUAGCCACAAGAUGGCAGUUUGUCUUCAUACUUCUGUCACGAUCGACCUGCUUUUUUUGACGUCAGUGAUUUUCACUUCCACGGCUCUGAAUGGAGCCAUUCAACCUGUGCUUGCCCAAAUGUAGCACCAUUGCUGUAGAUGCAUGAAGUAUUAAACGUGACUUGCUUCAUUA